UGAUUGGCUGUUCGCAUGCAUUCAUGCACGCCCAUUGGCUGUACUGGAUAUUUAAUAACCAAUCGUCUAGCGAGCUUUUUACAAACUGUUGAGAGUCCAGGAAGUUCAGGCCCGUUUCACGUCAUCAACAUGGAUUCUUUGCCAGUCCUUCGUGGGCAAACUCAAAACAAAAUUCGCAGUAACCUUCAGAGAAUGGAUAAUGAGCAAAACAAAAAUCCUGCAGACUUAAAGCUUUCUAAACACAUCCCUUCAAGCCACCUUUUAAGCCAGAAUUGUGAAAAUAAAGCUCCAGCCAAAUGUGCUCCAAACCCACCUAUCCAACAAGGUAUAAGCAAGAUUCCAGUCCUCGCAAAGACCCUUUGUCUGCAGACUUCUUCUGGUUUUAAACAGUCCUACAAGAAGUGGGAGGAGAAACCUUUACCUAGUAAAGUUAAGGAGAAAAGGCAUUUGACCAGGCCUGUACCGUUCAGCCUGUCUAACCAUAGGAAAACACACAAGGCAGUUGAGGUUCACAAAUCUUUAACUGCUUCUCAAUCAAAAUCUCAAGUUUCAAACGUAUCAAAAAGCCACCUGUCAUCAGUUCCUGGUAAAACGGUGCAGAAUGAAGGUAGUUCUGCGCAGCCUGGUUCUGGUGCUGAAGUUGUUUUGGACAACAUGAACUUUCUCAGUCUCAAAGAGCCCUCCAAGUCAUUAAAUGCUGAGUUACUGAUGAUGAAGAACACUUCUGUAAAAGCUUUAAAUGGCAAAAAGAAUGAACAGGAAGACCAAACUGCUUUGCUUAGUGUUGGAGUCUUAACUCCAAAAUCCAAACCUUACAAUGACCUGCCUCAGCGAGUGUCCGUCAAGAAGAGUCAGAGAAAAGCUGGACCCCUGGCAGGAGCAGUGAGAUGCGUCCAGUUUACACCAGACUCCGACGCUCUGCAAAGUAUUCUUCAGAACGAAGGCGUGAAGGUGGGAGGACCUCUGGGUGCCAUGUCCAGGGACUCGUUCUGUCCGUCCAACAGAGGAACUUCAAUUUACAGCGCUCAAAGAGUGCCUCUAAGGAAAAAGAAAGCGGAGACUAAUGGUGGUCCAGUGGCAGCAGUCAAAGAGACCACAGUGACGACAAAGACCCCUCAAAGAGUUCGCAACACCAAACAUCUGCCCAUGUCUAUGAAAUCCUACCAGACGCCGUACGUCACAGCUGGAAGCAGGAACUUUAAACUCAACCUUCAGAAAUUAUUUGAUGCAGACGAUGAGGGCGCCACUGUGCCAAGCAAAGAUCCUGAGACUCAACCAGAGCAGUUCUCAGAGCAARCCACUGCUAAGACAACUUGUUCAAAACCACCAGAAAUAUGCAGAAACGAAACUGACGACAUUGUGGAUGAGCCAAAGACCUUACCUGCACAGCCAAGACAAUCUGUCAUCAUGUUUUCAAGUAAAAAGCUGCUCAGAGUCCCAAGUUCUGAUCUCAAAGUCUCAGCUCCGCUUGAUCAAGUUUCGUCUGACAAAAGAAACUUGUCCGAAGCUCCAGCUGACCCAGCUCAUCACCGCCCCCCAUCUGUUCUGCGUCUGCACAGAGACCUCACGAACCAGAAAACUAGUUCUCUGAGUUCUGCUGUGGUGAUGCUGCGCAAGCGUUUUCCUCCCCCGGAGGAGCUGCGUCUGGACGAUGAGGUGUCGACCUACACCUCAAAGUCUGUCGACGCCGCUCCCAGGUUCCUCCCGCCUCGGCCUCGUUGUGAAAACCCGCUCGCCUCCAUUUUGGAUUUUGAAGAGUUCACUAGAUUUAUCCCAAUAGCCUUUGACUGUCCAUCUUUGCACAACUCCCAACAACACAUGAGAUGAAAUGCACCACUACACUGUGUGCUGUUUGACAUUAUUGUGUUUUUUGUUUAGUUACUCUUGUAGGUUUUUAAAUUUAUUAAAAUAAAAUCUUUACUUUUUUAA